GAAAUAUUCAAAUUCGCCUUGGACAUUGCUCGAGGAAUGAACUAUCUGCAUCACUCCGGUAUUGUACACUUGGACCUGACACCAAAUAACAUCUUGGUAACCGAAAAUAGCAACUGCAAGGUUGGUGAUUUUGGACUGAGUAAAGUGAUGUCGACGAAAGCGCACGGAGAGCAAACAAACGGCGGCACGGUGGUGUACACAGCACCUGAAGUAUAUAAGGGUGAACGCAUACGCACUCGCGUCGAUGUAUAUUCAUUCGCCGUAUGUCUGUGGCAGCUCUACUACAGGAAAAUGCCGUACGAGAAUAUGAACCAACACGCCAUAUGCUUCAAUGUGGUGGCUUAUAAUAAACGACCGGACUUCGACGAGAACAACCUGCCGCCCUUCACGGAUCUGAUCAAGACGUCGUGGAAUGGCGUUGCCAGGUUACGGCCCACAUUUGAUCAGCUCAUCAGGCAACUGGAGGCUCUGCAACGCACACAUAUCAACAAGAAGCCGGUCCGUGCGAAGAGUGAUAUAGGCUCAUCCUUCAAGGGUCCGAGUUUCAUCAGAAGAGGCGGCUCUAUUAUGGAUAAGGAGUCGGGGCUGGGAUCCGACCCCAAUGAGUGGACGGUGGACGAUGUUGUGAGGUGGUGCCGCAACUGCGAGAUGGACGAUGCGGUGGAGGUCAUUGCGGAGAAUGGGAUUAACGGGCAAGUGCUAUUGAGUCUGACGGACAAGGACCAAGUUGCCCUGGGCCUCAAUAAGUUCGGUACGAGGAGAGGCUUACAAAUAGAGCUGUCGCGGUUAGUCAGCAACUGUAUAGAGAAGGGUGUGUCCAUGCACGCGUAUUUAUAUACACACCACGGAGCCAUCGCGACCCCGACGCCAAAGGCACCCAAGCAGCCGCGGGUGGACCUGACUCGUGCCAAAGUAUGUGUCGUCAGAUCGGUGUAUGGGUGA